AUGAGUUUUGUUGCACAUGAAGAUCAUGCAACACAUGACUUCUUUAGCAACAAUAACAACGCCACCACCACCACCACCAACAACAACCACAACAGCAACUACGAAGGAAACAACAGCAGUGGUCACAAUAGUGAUUUUCACAAUAUCAUUAGCAGUCACAACUCACACACUAAACUUUUAGAUGACAAUCAGGAUAUACUAGAUGAGUUUUUAGACCAAAGAGUAUACGACUCGAUGGGAACCACUACGCCCAGCAAUAACAACAACAAUGGUAGUGACAAAAAUGGAAGCACGGCAAAAAUUAAACAAGAACCACUCACUGGAGACACAUUGAUGAACUCACUUUAUGCGUUAACUAAUGAAACAAGUAACAUGCAACAGCAGCACCAACACCACCAGCAAGAGUCAAGCAACUUGGCAAAUGGAAACAGCUUUCCUCAAUUUUCAGACUUACCAAAUGGUGACAACGAUAUCAAUGAUCUUGAUUUACUGAACCUCGAUGCUAUCUCCCCACAAGACAAUGGGUACUUGUAUAUGGAUUUACCUCAUGAAUCAAAUUUCUCACACGAUCCACUUCAAUCAAGAUCGAGUGUUCAAGACAACCACCAGAAUUCAAUCACGAACUCCGCUUUCCCUACUCCUAAUGCCAUAAUAUCCCCAGGGGAGUCGAGAUUUAUGUCCACAAUACCUUCAAAUCCAACUUCUUUAUCUGAAUACGAAUUUGUUAGAGAGGAGUUGAACAACUUAAAGUUUGGAUGCCAUCGUAUUAAUGCAGUACCAAAGACUGUUGAUAUUCCUGAUGCAUCCUACUUGGAUUUCUCACCGGAUGCUAUGAAUCGGUUGCCACACAAGAUGGCCUUAUCAGCUUUGCCAAGUCACUCGCGCGUUGAAACCCAAAUCAGAUGUGAUAUAACGUUGAGUCCCGCCCCAAACCAAGCCUUAUUGUAUGUGCCACAAGACCUUAUUUCUAAAAAUAAGUUUUGUCUAUCUGAACCAGUUGAAAAUUUGCACCCCAGAUUGAAAGAAAACUUGUUGUUUUUGGAUGCUUAUGUUCUCACUUCAGACUUGCAAAAAUCGUGUAACAUUUGUGCAAGAUGUAUCAAAAGAGAGCAAAAGAGAGCUUCGCGCGGGAAAGCUGCUGGUGAAAUGGAUGAAAUCAGUACCUCUACUGCCGCUGCCGCCACCGCCACCGCCACCAGUACUACUUCUACUGCGGCUACUCCCUCUGCAUAUUCAUCCACUAAAACACCGGCUGCAAUCAAAAACAACUCUACGAGUUGGGCUGAUGAAAAUAUGAUGAAAAAGGCAAUCAUUUUCAAUUGUAAAGAGAUUGUUUCUUUCCCAUCACCUUCAGGGUUGAACAAUGAUAAUUCAAAAUCAAUUGAGUUAUCGGCAAGAAUCAUUUGCUAUUGCAGACAUCAUAAAGAACAAACUGGGUUUAGAGUAUUGAUGUUGAUAAAGAACAAUAAAGGUGAAGUUGUUGCCAAGCAAUUAUCGUCGCCGAUUAUGAUUAUGGACAGGAAAAAGAAUAUCCCCUUAACCAAGGACUCAAUGCCUAAUUCUGUUGCUGGAUCAUCAGUUAAUUUACAAGGUUUGGGUGGUGACACGCUGUCGAUUUCAAGCAAAAAGAAAAGAUUGUCAAACUCUGAUUCCGAUAACGACAACAAAUUUUCAAAUAAUGAAUUUACUCAUCAUUCAUCACCAAACUCUGUUGAUGAAUCUGCUUCUGAAGUGCACACAAACACUGAUGUUGAAUCAAGUCGUGGUAUCAAGCGAAAGAAGUUGUCUGUUGACGACUCAUACAAUACAUCAGCUAAUCCAAUGUUCAAUGGCAGCAUCAGUGGUUAUUCUCCAUUGAGCAACAGUGACACCAAUACGUCAGCCAACAUGCACUUUAUGAAGCAACCACUGCUUGCCGGGUUAUCGCCAAUGGGUACUCAACAUCCACCGCCAAAUCCACAAUUGCAACAAUUGCAAACUCCACAACCUUCACAGAACUUGCCUCGUUUGCCAUCUAUUCAAAGAAUCAUUCCUGCACAGGGCCCAAUAAGGGGUGGGAUUGAAAUAACGUUAUUGGGAUUUAAUUUCCGUCCAGGUUUGCUGGUUAAAUUUGGUUCCAAUCAAGCAUUAGCGACUCAUUGCUGGUCAGAAACUACAAUUGUGACAUAUUUACCACCAGCGCUGCAACCAGGCCAAGUUUUGGUUAGUUUUGAAAAUGAAGAAUCUUCGAUAAUUGGUGGCCCACAACAACAUCAAAUCUUUACGUAUACUGAUGAUACUGACCGACAAUUGAUUGAGUUGGCGUUACAAAUUGUUGGGUUGAAAAUGAAUGGUAAAUUAGAAGAUGCCAAAAACAUUGCUAAGAGGAUCGUCGGUAGUGAUACAAGCACAGGUGGUGAUGGCAAUGGUUCAGCUCCAAGCUCAAUGACGACAUCGCCAACAAAUGUGGCUCAGAGUACGGAUGAUGUGCAUGAUUGGUUUAAUAGUGCCCAUGCUUCAUUGAAAAAGUUGACAUCGUCUGGCUUAUCAACACAAGUUGUAUUGACUCGCCUUUUGUCCUUGGUUGAUUUGCCCAAUUGUCCAAUCAUUAUUCCUAAUUGGCAACUUGCCAAUGCCCAAGGUCAAACGUUGUUGCACUUGGCCACAAUGAAGAACUACCACAAGUUGAUCAAAUUUUUGGUCACCCAUGGUUGCAAGAUUGACGUUAAAGAUAACCAAGGUUUGACACCAUUGUUUUUGGCGUCGAUGUGUGGACAUCGUAAAUUAAUUCAAUUGUUUAUUGAGUGCAAGUCCAAUUGGAAUUUGAAGUUGCUGAAUGAUAAGUACUUGCGCGAUUAUUGUGAUUUGAAUGUGAUUGACAUGUUCAAGACAUGCGAAGAGCAGUCCGUACAGCAACAGCAACAACAACAACAACACUUAUUGCCACUGGAUGUUGAAGAAGAGGAGCACAACGUUAUCAAAAAGGCAACUUCGUUUGAUUCCCUAGACUCAAUGUUUGAUGAUGAUUAUGGACGCCACAUUUCAAAGAUGACGCAAGAUAAUGAGACCCGUAGGGAUCUUUCUUCUCAGGACCAACAAGAUAGUGGUAUUUCCACAUGGGAGGAUAACAGGAACUAUUCUUCUGAAUUUGCCGACUCUGAAUUUGAGUCUGAAGAUGAUUAUGAUGAAGAAGAAGCUGAUUAUUGUGAUGAUGAGUAUAGCGAUGGUGAUGACGCUGAAACUAGUGAUGUGGAGGCUGAAAAUGCAUCACGAAAGGUCGAUGGCGGUCGAGACUCUGGUUCUGAUUCAACCACCACCACCACAGAUCAACCAAAGCUGCCACCUUCCUCUCCUGGCUUAUGGCAGAAAGUCAAGAAUGUGUUUAAUAAAGACGAUGAUGGUGAUUUACCACAGUAUGACGAUUUGUUUCCAUUUGGACCCUCAUCGACGCUUACUGCGAAACCGAAAAGUGCUCUUGAGCAAUCCAUGAAUAGCGUUACUGAAGCCCAAUCACUUGACGUUGGGUCAAGCUCGCAUGAGAAGACUGAUCUCGAGCCAACCAACUCAAAGAUUACCGAUACAGAUAUUGAUGGCGGAUUGGCCUCUGACUCAUCAGAAGAUAUGGUUGUUACUUAUAUCAACCACCCAAGGAAACCUGUUGAACAUGAUAAGAUGUUGGUGUUUUUCUGGAUCCCUGCAUUGGUGGUUAUUUUCGCGUUAUUCUUUAUGGUUUAUGUUGUUGGUUACAAUUUUAAACAACUUGAUUACGCCAAGGAGUUAGUGAGGAAUACCGUGGGUAAUCUUAUGGUUGGAAAUGAGCGUAUUGCCAAAGUGUUUAAGAGUACGGGUGGAGGGAAAGUGGCUGUUACUGCUGCUGCUACUACUGCAACGACUGCCGCGAUACGACGUGCUGUUGAUGUUUAA